GCCGACUUCCAAUACAUCUGUGGCGACAAUGUCAUCAUUUAUGAAUUCAGAUGAGUCUCUUCCAGGCCAUGCCACGAAGUUUAUCUUCCCGCUCGACAUUCUUCUGCUCAUCGUUCGUGAUCUGGAACCCAAAGACAUCCUCUCCUUAAACCAGUGCUCUAAGGCCCUCGCCUUCCUCACAAACUCUCGUGCGGUCUGGCACACGGUCCUACACGCAUAUCUGAUCGCAUCGCACAUCCCGAUCCCCCCUCUCCCACCCUUGCGCGCCCUCUCCUCUCUCUCCGAUGCAGAGCUGAAGUCUCUCGUCCGACGCGCGUUUCUCCUGCGCCGCAACUGGACAUCCGCGCGCCCGAGACGCACCCGCGACAUCGCGCAACCGCCUGUCCUCGCACACUGCACGCCCGCGGGCCUGUCCCUCGUUCCAGGCCGCGGCAGCCGCUAUUCAGUCUUCUUAUUCACCGUGGGUGGCCCGAUCUCGACUCUUGCCUCCUGGACGGGCCCAAAGCACUUACUGCAGUGCAUCGAUGUCGGUACACCUGGUGCUCUAGCCGCGGCGCCAGUGACAGUGGCAUCGCGCAGUUUCACACAUCCGGUUUAUUUCGCAGUCAACGAGGUGCGCGAGGGCCCGGUGAUGCUAGCCGCCGCAUCAGCUGAACGAGAUGUAAUGAUGACGUAUAUUCUUGGGCUCGCUCCCCGUGCGUCGGAGCACACCAAUAGCACGCACAUACACCAUAUCGCGGACUUUGUGACUUUGGCUGAGUACCCGACAAAGGGCAUCCCUAUGCUCUUGAGCGGUGACAUUCUGGCAGUUGGUGAUCAAGAGGGUAAUGUGUGGUUGCAUGACACGAUGACUGGUAAGAUGCUCUAUGAGUUGCGCGAUCCCCAUGCUCCUCAUAUGAAUGAAACAGUCUGUGUUGUACUCCUGCGCGAUACUGUCGUCACGAUUGGCCCUUCAACUAUCAAACUCUUCAAUCUACCAACACCGCUCGGCAGUCCGCCGUCCUCGCCUGUCGUGCCCCAUCCGGACGCCAUGAUGACUGGCCAUUCAUCUUCCUCGACCAAUACUAUUGUCCUCCCUGCUGUCGAACAUCGCUGGCGCUGGCGAAUCGACAGCAUCAGAGCAUAUCCACAGAUACAUGCUUAUGCGCCCUCUUCCGCCUUUUCCGACAAAGGCCACUAUCCGCCUAUCAACAUCUUCAUUCGCUUCGGAUCGUGGUAUCCCUGGCCGAUCAACAUGCUCUACCACUUCGUCCUCGCCCCUUCGUCCGCCGCGCAUACCCAAAGCCCCAACCUCGCCCUGAUAGAGCCGCCCCCGAUCCCGAGCCUGGACCUCGCACACGAACACCCGCAUCUGCAUCCGGGAACCACGACCACUUCGACCGAGAGCGUAUCAUAUGUAUUUCCGCCCGUGAUUCUACGGUACACGCAUUCGCCGAUCGAGCUCUUCGCCGUGGUCGAUACGGCCGUAGGCCCGUACGGCACCGCGCUCUUCACGGAUUCUCUGUCUGAUCUCGAUACGGGGCCUGUUGCCAUCGGGCGUGAAGAGUGGCAGCGCGUGGCCGGCACGAUGCUCUACAGAGGAGAUGAUCGCAGGCAGGCUAACGCGAACGGAUCUGGCGUCCCGCAAGUGGAGACAACCAUGGUGUUUGGCGAGCUGCCUAGACCAGGAGCGAAUCUGAUUGCGAUGGACGAAGAAACGGGAAGGAUCGCGAUUGCGUGGAAGGAUGGGAGUAUCAGUGUCUGGGACUAUAUGCCUGAUGAAUGAUUGUGGCCAGCACUGACGCGGCUCCCUCUCAGGACUCUUCACUAAUACCACCAAGCGCGGACAUCCAUCUAGCUCUCUUCUCUAUUGCGCAAUUGUAUUAUCUAUUUGCAUC